CUCGCCAAAAGUUUACUUUCCUCAAUACUUGCAGAGAGUCUGAAUGUAGGACAAAAUGUUUAGGUCUAUGGAACCAGAAAAGUUCAAACUAGAAAACGAUAUUUGCUGCUAUCAAUAUAUACAAAUCUCGGCCACAAAUCAGUACUUAAUAGAAAAUGAUCCCUCUAGCAAUGAAAGAGACUACUAGCACUAAAGAAAACCAUUGUUGCGUCACCAUUAGUUGCUAUGCUUCUCCUUCGGUGCGUACGGGAGCGCAGGCCGUAGAAACCAAACGUCAGUUGUGUUUAUGCUGUGCUUUCAGUGUGGACGCCUUUCUUGUUUGUGAGAAUUACGAAUGCGAUUUUGCCUGAUUAUUGCCGUACUUCUUUGGGCUCCAGCCUUCAAGACUGUGAGCUCCCAGACCUUUAGUACCAUCUCGGGUCAAUCCCAGGGUAGUCUCCCCAUCUCUACCCUGCCUGAAGACUGUCCGUCAACUGUUGACGUGUCUGACAUCGUCUUCAUCUCUGCAGUCCCAAUAGCCAUUGGCUUCGGACUGCUCCUGCUCUUGGCCUUUCUGCAAGAUCUCAGACAGGCAAACAAGAGCAAAUGCUCCUGUCCACCAUCUCCUUGCAACAUCCGGGGAAACAGGGCCAGAAAGGAGCGUACCUACAUCAUCGAUGUAAACUAUGCUGGCCGUUCAUAUUGGGGUUCAUUCCUACGUUGGUGUGCACUGCACAAAUCAUCAGGUGCAAAGAAAAACCCGCGUCUUAUGAGACUCCAAGGAACAACUGGCUUCAGCAACUGGCUAUCUUUUGAUCUGGUUCUUGGAAAAACUUCAGAGCAGAAGACUUUGGCAACCCCUCGCUCCAUCGGUAAGCUCGUAGCCGUGGAGACGAAGUACCCAUCAGCGAGCGAUGGAUUCAAAUCCAGGCUGCUUCCAUCUUCCAACAUUGGAGCUUGCCUGCGAGGAAUCAUCAACAGGGCAUGUGAUAUUGAGAUCAAGAAAAUCCAUGCCAUGGAUACUAAGACCCAGGAUCGUUACACCUCUGGCUGUGGAGCAGGUAGUGGUGGUAUAUCAUCAUCAGACCAAGGAAUUACUACCAUCUUUCCACUGCUACUCUCUACCACUCAGCCGGCAUCCAGGGUCAACUACAUCGCUUACUACUUCAAGAAUGGCUCUCUGUGGACCUCAGCCUUAACACCUUGGCACCGGGGCAACUUCACCAGAUCACGUCACAUCACCUGCUUGUUUGUCUGCAUUAGUUACACCAUGAUUGCAGCACAGGUUGUGUCAAGGUUGUCCUUGGAUCAGUCCAUUGAGGAUUCCAUCUUGAUGAGCUUAGCAGAUUUCACCAUCAAUGCGGCCAUAUUGAUUAGAGCCAUUGUGGCUGGCGUGGUGGUUUUCUCAUUGCUUGGAAUUGUGGAGAUAAUCUUCAGAGGCGCACCUACCAUCUGGUCAUUGCAUCUGCCUUGUAUAUCUCCCAGACUCCGGAACGGAAACCGACUUAUGGAUGGUAUGCAACCUGCUCAUGUUCAGUCCGCAGCUGGAGACUUCUUCGGGGGUAGUCUUAAGAGUGUGGAGGAAGGCUUACCUCGUCUCUCCAUCAGUGCUCCAGAGCUGCUGCAGCAGGGAAGCAGGCCAAGAGGAAAUACCGACCAACAAAACAAGACUACUACUUCAUCAUGCUUCAAUAAGAUCAGCAGGCAAUGUUCCACUCCCAGUGAAGCCUACAAAAUGAUGAAUGUAGCUGACAACAUCAAGUAUGACAAGAAUAAUGCAUGUCAUGCAGCUUUUAUUACGUAUUCUCAGUGGACUGUGAUCAAUGGCCACGGCAUCUACAAGCAAAAGAUUGAGAAUAUGUCACCGAUCAAGACGUGUACCAAACCCAAUUUCAACACCAUUGAUUACAGUUCUGUCAACAACGGCAUUCCAGCAAGGCACUCUGUAAGUGGAAGUUUGAAUGGAAAUAUUAGCACCAAGGCAGUUUCCACCUCCAGCUGUCAUGUAGCAAACACCAUUUCUGAUGACAUUUAUGGAGACAACCAGUCCAUCUGUCCUGCUGACCAGCUAGAAUGCCAUCACAAGUUGACUUGCCACAAGUGUCCUGUAUGCCAUCGGACCACCGGGAGCAGAUAUUAUGACCCAGAAGCUGGCUGUUCAGGAGAAAACACAUCAGCUGGUUACAAGUUCUAUAAGCAUGGAAGCUUCAUUCGUCCAGGGUAUGCCUAUUCCAGCUCUAGCCUUGAUUCAGCAGGUAGUUCUAGAAGUUCUCUGAGCAGCAACCCAACCUUGGCAGAUCUCUCCAUAUCUUCAUCCAGUGAUUCCAGUGAAUCUGCAUCCAUCAGCGAUUCAUCAGUCAUCACAGAGUCAUCAUCCAUUAUCUCCAACCAACUACAGGAUGAGUCAUCUCCUUACCACUCCAAUGGAGCAAUCAAACAUAAAGCAUCUGACAAUGACAAUCUUGACAAUGUGGACCUUACUGCACCAUCAGCACCUUCCUCCAAGGAGCCUUCACACCUACCUGGCUCCAUCUCAAGAGCUACAUCUGACUUUGAACGUCUUGAGAAAAAACACAAGGCAACUUGCAAACAGGACGCAGGUGAUCGGUGUGAAGACAGCAAACAUCUUGAGGAUAAGAUAACGCAAGAAGACAUCAGUGCUCAAGAGAAAUUCAUAAAGUACACCGAUGCCCUUCUUGACCCAGAAAUCAAAUUAGCCCAAGUGCUUCGUACCAAGAACUACAUCAACAGGUUCAGUGAUAUGGGCAAAGGCAGAGUAGUCAUCUUGCCGCAUCGUGAGACUAAGACCUGGGAUGAACUCCUGCUGAAAGUCAAGUUUGCAGCUCAUCAACUAACUGAAGACAAGCCAAACCUGUCGAUCGACGAGUCAAAAUCACAACCUAAGAUGGGUGCAAUCAUAAAAACACCACACAGUCCAAUUACAACCGGUUCUGACUACAUCAUCAGCCUGCCCACGGAGUUUGAAAUGCCAAGUGUGACCAUAAAAAACAGCAGUAGCCGCAAGCCUUUGUUCUUCAACUUCAGAAAGUGGUUGGCAGGGUUGCGCUCCAACCCUAGGGCUGAUGUUGGUGAUAAUUAUAAGCUGGAAGUGACAGAGGAUGAGGCUGCCAUGAAGACUUCAGUUCAGAACAAAUACCAGCAUCAUGGUCAUGACAUCACCAGGGAAAGCAGUAUCAUCCAAAUUGAGGAAGAGACCAAAUGUGACACCAAACAGAAGAGCUUCUCUCCAGAAAAUGCCAACAUGACUUUGCCAAAUACCUUCAAUGGUGAAAGCAUCAACGAAGAGGUGACUAAUGACCAUCUCAAAGGAUCUAUCUUUCAGUCAUCGAGCCACUUGAUUGAGUAUCAACCUGAGGCCAUCAGUGUUGUAUCCUCAGUGAGCUGGACCAGCAUGACAUCACACAGUGCUCCUGGCCAACACCUUGCACCUUGCAUGGAAGUAAACACCACUCCUGACACCACCAACAGGAACAACAACAGCAUUGACACUGCAGUAAUCAACAUGGACCCUUCAUCAUCAACCAUGCCGCCAAGUACAUCCUCUGAGGAGUGUCUGUCCUUUGAGAGCAACCAAACAUCAUCUGGCUCCUCUUCAGUCAUUCCAAAGUCAACCAGCAGUGAGGGGUUCUCUAGCAGCCUGGGCAUCAGCAGCAGCAGCAAUAGAAUCUGCACCAGCCAAGAUACCAGCACCACUGAAGACACCCGUGGCAAGAAAGAUAUUUCCAGCAGUAAAGAAACCUACGGGCACAAGAGCAUCAUUAGCAGUAAAGAGUUUGCCAGUGAUGGAAACACUUGCAGCAAAACAAGCAUCAGCAGCAACAGUACCACCGCCAGCAGUGAAUUCACAAUGGCUGAUGACGAGGAGAAUCCUCGCUGGAAUCGCUACAACUACUAUCAAACCAUGCACAAUGUUGAGCCAGCCAGUACUCCAACUCCACCCGGAGUCUGCUGCCAUGUCUCCCAGCCAGUUAUGUUCCUUGUCCUUCACAUCCUACUCAUAGCAUCUUGUGUGUUUGCCUUACUGUGGUCCGUCUUAUCCUUCCAUGGUCUCUGCUGGAAUACUCUCUGGACGUGGGUCACAACUUCCAUCAUUGCCAUUGUCAUCCAGGCUGUCAUCUUGGACACAAUCAAGGCUGCUAUCAUGACACUUGUCAGGUGGUACAACAACUACAACGAGGCUAAACCAAAGCCUUAUUCAGUCAUUCACUAAGCUCACUACACAUAUCUAGAAGAUCAUGAUCAGAUUAUUUGAGGAAUGCAUAAUCUCACAAAUACUUGCAAAACAUUCAGGAAAAGUCUCUGUGAUUCAAGUCUGGCUUUGAAACAUAACCAUCAUAUUUCAGGAAAUCCCUAGUUUUUGGGCAUGCAUUCAACAAGAUAAUCUGAAGGAUUUGUAGUAAUAAUGUAAGUUCCUAUACUUACAGCAUGUUUAAACUAAAUUUAAAAAAUGAAAAAAAAAACAAAAAUUACAGCUAAAAAAAAGGCAGAGGUUGGGGUCAUUCACCAUCGUUAUUCUGAGUGUUUAACAGAAAAUUACUGCAGGGAAAGGUACAAAAUGCACUUUUAUUAGGAUUUUCAUCACAGAGUAAUUUUUCUAAUUUAUCAUAAAUCUAAACAUCCAAAGCUUGUCAUCGUUACAACUACCAUUAAUACAUUUGUUUUUGAAGGAGAAUCAUUACACUGUAAUUACCUCAAACAUAUUAAUCAUCCAACCAUACUCUCAAUUCUCAACUUGAAAUUUAUUUUAAAAAGAGGGAGAUUUCAUCAAGUUGUAAAUCAGAAUAGCAUUGUAGCUUUGGUAGAUACUUACUUGGAAUUGUAUUGGGGGUUACCAAAUGGAGAUACAAUAUCGAGGCAACUUUUAAAUUAAUAACGACUCCAAGCAUCACUUCAGCUUUUGGAAUUACAUACUUGGCAAUAUCAUUUUCCAUCUGAAUUGUAUCAAUUUUCUUAAAUCCUUCAAUAUUUCUAUCAAUUUUCAAAAUUUCAUAUAGGGCAUCAUGGCAAUUAAAUUGAAUCAUUUAGGAAUGUUCAUUUCAUAAGAGAACUGAUAAUUCUUUCAAUUUCAAAACUGUUCAAUUUUCAAAAUUUCAUAUAGAGCAUCAUGGCAAUUAAAUUGAAUCAUUUAGGAAUGUUCAUUUCAUAAGAGAACUGAUAAUUCUUUCAAUUUCAAAACUGAUCAAUUUUCAAAAUUUCAUACAGAGCAUCAUGGCAAUUAAAUUGAAUCAUUUAGGAAUGCUCAUUUCAUAAGAGAACUGAUAAAAAAAAUAGAGUUCAGGAAUGUGGGCACCAGUAUAAGGUUACAUUUUUCCAUAAUCACUUUCAGAGUUCAAAAACCUCAAGUAUGGCACCAUUGCAAUGUACUUUUAUGAAGUUUCUUAUUCUGGAUUUUUCAGUCAUUGAUUCGGGGUUUGGGUUUAGCUAUUUCAAGCUUGAAAUCAUUGGAAAUAAUUCAUAAGGAAAGGUAUUGUUACUUUUAGAAAAAAUCUUGAAGUGUCUAAAAAGUCUACUUAAAUAACUCUUGAUGGGGGGUUCUACUUGCAACAUUUCUUAUGCACGUCAAAUAUAUAGGUAAACAGCAAAACUUUUGGACUUUAAAUUAAUUUUGGAGAUGUUCCAUUAGUACAAUAGACACCUUUGAUUUCACAUUGGAAAAUACUUAAUUGGAGCU